UUUAUCUCACGAUAUCUCUAAUUCGUCUACUGCAAGUUUUACAAAGUGAACAAAUUAUUCAUACACAUCUAUAAGCAGGUAUUUAAUAUCCAGAGUUCAGAAAGAAACAGACUUCAUAUAAUACAUCCUUAUCUACAUGUUGCACGAAAUGUGUUUCGAGUAGAUGUCGAUGUUCUUCUUCCGCUUUCACAACCUUCGCCGGCAGGCUGAAGAGGCUCGUAAAAAAAGACAAAGACGCGGGGGAGGCCCCAGCAAUCAGGGUGGAGGCCAGCGUGGACAAAACUGCGGCGACGAGCCUCAACCAACUGCAGGAUCCAUGCAGAGCUGCAACAAGGUGCAUCGUGGGCCCAGUAAUCUCUUCGAACGGGCCCCGCUUCAGCCCAGCGAUUCUCUCGACGAAAUCGCCUUUCAAAUUCCCAGAGUGCGAGUGGAGUACUACGUGAAUGAGAACACAUUCAAAGAACGUCUUCAGCUCUACUUCAUAAAGAACCAGCGCUCGAGUCUGAGAAUCCGGCUGGCCAAUCUUUUCUUCAAACUAAUCACCUGCUUUCUCUACAUAUUCAGAGUCGUCACUGACAGCGAUCCAACGUUUGCCUCAUGUUACGGCUGCACGCCAGGGAACAAAACCGAGUUUCUCAUCUCACAGAACCUCACCGAGGAGGAAUUUCAGGAGAAUCCAACUAUCAACUGGGACGCGAUUAUCUGGGUUGGGAGGCCCCUCGAACUAUGGGUUGUCCAGGUCAUUCUCGCCAUGGUAUCGCUGACGGAGGCUCUUCUCCUCGCCUAUCUAGGAUACAAGGGCAACAUCUGGCAGCAGCUUCUGUCAUUCCACUUCAUCCUCGAGCUGGUCAACACGAUCCCAUUCACAAUCACGCUGCUCUAUCCGCCGAUGAGAAACCUCUUUAUACCGGUGUUCCUAAACUGCUGGCUGGCCAAGCAUUCUUUGGAAAACAUGUUCAACGAUCUUCACCGAGCAAUGCAAAAGUCACAGUCGGCUUUGAGCCAGCAGCUGAUGAUCCUCAGUGCCACUCUGCUCUGCCUGGUGUUCACCAGCGUUUGCGGAAUCCAACACUUUCAACGGGCAGGGCACAGGCACCUCAACCUCUUUCAGAGUACCUACUACGUCGUAGUGACAUUCUCAACUGUCGGCUACGGCGAUUUCGUACCGGACAUCUGGCCCUCUCAACUCUACAUGGUCAUCAUGAUCUGCGUCGCCCUUAUCGUACUUCCGACUCAGUUCGAGCAGCUGGCCUUUACGUGGAUGGAAAGACAGAAACUCGGGGGUUCCUAUUCGUCACAUAGAGCUCAGAGCGAAAAGCACGUGGUCGUUUGCAGCACGACGUUGCAGGCUGAUACGAUAAUGGAUUUUUUAAACGAAUUCUACGCUCAUCCGUUGCUACAGGACUACUACGUCGUUCUUCUCUCCCCUAUGGAGCUCGAUACCACGAUGAGGAUGAUCCUACAAGUCCCGAUUUGGGCACAGAGGGUAAUUUACAUUCAAGGCUCGUGUCUGAAGGACGGCGAUCUUGCCAGGGCUCGAAUGAAUGAGGCUGAAGCAUGCUUCGUUCUGGCGGCUCGAAACUACGCCGACAAAACCGCCGCUGACGAGCACACGAUACUGAGGUCAUGGGCGGUGAAAGAUUUCGCACCGGCGGUUCCACAAUACGUCCAAAUUUUUCGUCCCGAGAACAAACUCCAUGUAAAAUUCGCCGAACACGUUGUGUGCGAGGAUGAAUUCAAGUACGCUCUAUUAGCCAACAAUUGUACGUGUCCCGGUGCCUCGACACUCGUCACAUUGCUGCUUCAUACUUCAAGGGGACAAGAAGGCCAACAAUCGCAAGAAGAAUGGCACAGGCUGUACGGAAAGUGUUCCGGUAACGAAAUAUAUCACAUUAUACUCGGGGACAGCAGAUUUUUCGGCGAAUACGAGGGUAAAUCGUUCACCUACGCGUCGUUUCAUAGUCAUAGAAAAUACGGCGUCGCAUUGGUCGCUGUUCGCCCUGCUGAACUGCCCGAGUUUUACGAGGACACGAUUUUGCUUAAUCCAGGCCCUCGACACAUAAUGAAGAAGACAGACACCUGCUACUACAUGAGUAUAACGAAGGAAGAAAACUCUGCCUUCGUUGUGGCGAACCAUCAGAGUGGACUGAUAUCAGAACCAAACCAAGUCGUCGUGGAGACGAAAUCGGACACUGCAACUCCUGCCGGAAACCUGGGAAGUGGCGGCGCGACGACAACUGCAUCUGCCCAAGGAGGGAAUGGUACUGCAAUGAACGUCGGUCCAGAGGCUCACACUCACCGUCAUCACAACAGUUCUAACACCCUGAGUGAAGUAGCCAAGGCCUGCACUGGGAACCAGGUGGAGGGCAAAGGCCAAGCUCCAAGCCUGGCCUCAAUGCCUCCCCAGGUUAUCUUGCAGGUCCCCCUUAGCACGCCUACACUUCACCAACACCUCAACCUACUCGCAUCCGAUGUCCACCCUAUGUACCUUGAUCCUGGAGGUAUGGGAGAUUCGCGACAAUGUCUAAAGGAAGGUGGAUCAACGCCGCAAACGCCGAUAACUGGAAAUCAUUUGGAUGUACCAAGAUCCGUCGAUCCUAAUCCUAAUCUCCUAAGUCCGGAAAUACUAACGCAGAGAAGAGGAAGCAGACGACCCAGCAUACUGCCUGUACCGGAUAUGCUAACAAGUUCAACGCUGCAUCUUCCUGGGCAAGAAUCAUUGGAUCACGAAGGUGACGAAUCCGAAGAUGAGAUGGACGACGAUGUUCCAUGGAGAUCACCCAGCGAAAAAAUUGCCCUUAGAGGGAUAGUGAAGGGCUUUCCACCAGUGUCACCGUUUAUAGGAGUCUCUCCAACCCUGUGCUACCUUCUCAAAGAAAAAAAACCACUCUGUUGUUUACAACUUGCACAGGUCUGUGAGCAUUGUUCAUAUCGAAACGCGAAAGAAUAUAACUGGCAGAAUAAAACAAUUAUAUUAGCUGCAGAUUACGCCAGCAAUGGAAUAUACAAUUUCAUCAUUCCGUUAAGGGCCCAUUUUAGAUCGAAAACAUCGUUGAACCCAAUAAUUUUGCUUUUGGAAAGGCGGCCGGAAAUCGCAUUCCUCGAUGCGGUAUCAUAUUUUCCCUUAAUCUACUGGAUGUUGGGAUCUAUCGACUGUUUGGACGAUCUAUUGCGAGCGGGUAUCACGCUGGCCGAAAAUGUUGUAGUUGUAAAUAAAGAGCUGAGCAAUUCCGCCGAAGAAGAUACCCUGGCUGACUGUAACACCAUCGUGGCAGUGCAGACAAUGUUCAAAUUCUUCCCUAGCAUAAAAAGCAUAACGGAGCUGUCCCAAUCCAGCAACAUGAGGUUUAUGCAGUUUCGGGCUCACGACAAAUAUGCCCUUCAUCUCAGCAAAAUGGAAAAGGUACUCCUCAGUACUACUUCCGGUGACAACUACUCCGAUGAGCCUCCGAUGGGCUCCCCGAAAGAAAAAGAACGGGGAUCACACAUAUCGUACAUGUUUCGCCUGCCGUUCGCAGCUGGGAGUGUCUUCAGUGCUUCAAUGCUCGACACGCUGUUGUAUCAAGCUUUCGUCAAAGAUUACGUCAUCACGUUCGUCCGGCUACUUUUGGGAGUGGAUCAGGCGCCAGGAUCCGGCUUUCUUACCUCUAUGAGGAUAGCAAAGGACGACAUGUGGAUCAGAACUUACGGUCGUUUGUACCAGAAACUGUGCUCCACAACGUGCGAAAUACCGAUCGGUAUUUACAGGACUCAGGAUACAACGGCAGCAGAGACUUCGCAGGCUGACUCAGAUGCAGAGAGCGACGCUGGCGUUGGGGUAACAUAUAAAGCCCGAUAUUCAGCUGCUGCAUCUUGCUUAGCUAAUUGCGCUACACGUGACAAAGGUGCCUCUGCCUAUUCCGUAAGCCUUGGAGACGAAGCACGAGACAACCACGCCCAACAAAUCGAACGUGCAGAGAUAGCGAACCUGGUACGAUCGAGAAUGGAAUCCCUGAAUCUACCUGUCGCUGACUACGACGACGUGUCGGAAAAACGGAACUCGUUAUCUUAUGUGAUAAUCAACCCUAGCUGUGACUUGAAACUGGAAGAAGGUGAUAUAGUGUAUUUAGUGCGUCCCAGUCCAUUCUCCGCCCAAAAGACAUUCGAGAGACACAAUUCUAGGCGAAAAAGUAACAUUAGCUUUUGCUCCGCUCAGCUGGUUGCGCAGAUGAGCGCAGCGGUUGCCUCGGCAGGAAUUGGUGGCGGCCCUGGGAGCCGGCGAGGUUCGGGGAUUGGGUUGGCUAGAGCGCCACCUCUUGGAAAUACGAAAUCAAAUUCUCUCUCUUUACCGGACAGUCCCACUGUAGCCGGUCAGCUCCGGGGCCGUUCUAAUUCGUUGAGGGUAGUUGAUGACAUUUUACUCCGACGAAGCAAUUCUCUUAGACAGGGUCUAACGACCAGGCGGAAAAGUAGCCUGGAAGACAUAGGUCUGGGCGCCCUGUCUCACCCUUCGAAUCACAAUCCAAUUAAAAUUGCUCUGAACGGCUCUAUCGGCUUAGAGGUCACUCCGCCGGAAGAGGGAACUCCCGGAGGUGGCGCUAGUAACACCGGAAUCCUCGACGUAGGACUGCCUUCCCUGUCUGCGAUGGGGGGCAGUUUGGGCCCUUCGCUUGGCGCCGGCCUCGGUGGCUCCCUGGGAGGUCUUUACGAUCCACCCUCGAUCCAGAGUCCGAUGGGACCUCCGAUGCAAAUUCAAGGGAGUUCGCAGGAUCCCCAGCAUAUUCAGGGGACGAUAGUAUGAUACAACCUUAUGUGGGGACGCCGACUCUCUAGUGUAGUUCGGAAUAAAUGGCUAUAAAGUUCCCACAUAGGCAGCAAAUUCUAUCCGCAAUAGAAAAUGACGACAUUGUCGGGGCACGUGAAAUCGAUCUGGCUAUCCAAAAUAAUAAUGGAUACCAAGCCUGGAAUGAUUCGUACCAAGGCUUGCUCCGAUGAAACAGGGCAAUCCGACGUCAUUGUGCUAGGAGAGCAUAUAUAUUAUCUUGUAAUGUGAAAAAAAAAUUAAUAGAAAACACGUCGAAUCACGGCACAGAUCGUGAUGCGACGUAUUUUAACAUACGGCUCAGAGAGCUCUGACUUAAAGCUUGUAAUAUUUUUUUUCUUUCCUGACAAUAACACAAUAAGGCGAAAAGGGUAAACAAUUAUCGAGCUACAAUAACGAAGUAGAAACUCUCAAAUCUGGAUAUAAAAAGAUUCUCUGAAGCACUCUUUGAAAUGAAUUUCUGUAUCAGGGAAAACGGAUUAAACAUAUAACUUU